AUGGCUGUGCCUACGGCAGCCGAUAACGACCUCAUCAAUUUCGACAUCAUAGAAACACACAAAGAGAACAUCCAGUCCUUGCCCGGCGGACGAUCAGCGAAACAGCUGGCAUCUAUCCUCUCGCCGCUACCUUCUGGGAGAGCCAAAGGUGGCGAUGCGCCAGCGACGUUAGAAGAGACGAAAACAUUGAACGAUGCCAUCCGGCAAGAAUACGAGAUUGAACUGCAGUCAAUAGCAGAUUCCGAUGACCCCCUGGACAUUUACGACCGCUAUGUGAAAUGGACCUUGAAUGCAUACCCAUCCGCACAGGCGACGCCACAGUCACAACUUCUUCCACUCCUUGAACGCGCGACCAAAGCCUUCCUUACUUCUCCACACUACAAGAACGAUCCACGAUACCUGAAACUAUGGUUGCACUAUAUUCGUCUGUUCUCCGACAGUCCCCGGGAGACCUUUGCAUUCCUGUCGCGACAUGGGAUUGGUGAAGGGUUGGGGCUUUUCUAUGAAGAAUUUGCAGCAUGGUUAGAAAGUGCCGGGAGAUGGAUACAGGCCGACGAAGUUUAUAAGCUGGGAAUCGAGAGGGAGGCCAGACCAACCGAGAGGCUCUUACGAAAAUAUGGCCAGUUCCAACAACGCUUCGAGGCUCGACCACACACUGAUAACGAGCCAAGUUCACCAGCUCUGCCAACUGUGCGGCCUGCUCUGGCAGCAAAGAUUGAUCCAUUUGCUACAUCGCACCGUAACGACGAGGCACAGGCGGCUCGUCAACACAGUGGGACAAGGAGCGGGUCAGGAGCAACGUCGCGCUCAGGGAAGCCGAAGAUGGCAAUUUUCUCGGAUGCAGAAAGUGCCACUCCAGCUCCAGCUUCCUCCUCAGGCACCACUAAAGGCUGGGAUAGCAUUGGAUCCAUGAAAGAACGCAAAAAGGAGAACACGAUUGAGGCUCGGCCGUGGGCAGGGGAGAAAUUGAAGGCAGGCGGCAAAGUAGGGACAGUGCCGAAAAUGGAGAUCUUUAAAGACCCGUCACAGGAACGCCAGCUUUCGAAGCAGAGACAUGAAGUAGUCAAUCCCCGUACAGGCCGGGCGGAGCAAGUCUAUGUUGACAUCGACGCAAUUUAUCCGCCUCACAGCGAAGAGGAGUUCAGUUUCGAGGAACUUCGAGCCAGAUCGAGAGGCUGGGCUCAAAAGAAUUGGAAAGUUGCAAAGCCAACUUUACAACACUCGACAAGUCCUUUACGUUGCACCAGCGGGAAUGUCGUUGCCCCAGCUUCAGUGGACAAAAAAUCCAGACCGGCCACGCAAGUAGAGCCGGAGGAUGUCGAGAAUUUGAGCCAAUCUUUGCAGCAAAAAAUGGAUCUGAACGACGAUAUACCGAAUCACAACAUGCAUGAUGUAUCCACACAAUCUAUGGUUGGUAUGCCCGAGACGCAUAUCCCUUCUCAACCACAAACUCAAUCGAGAAAAGAAAAGCGACCCAAAGUCAGAGAGAUUAAGCAAGAGACCAUGACGGUCAAGACGCGCCUCGAGUCGCCUACAGGAAAGAAACUGAAGAGGAAAAACUCAUCGACGACGGAGCCCACCAUGACGUUCCAUUCCAAGGCAGCCACUAAUGAGAUCUACGACAUGUUCAACCAGCCACUCCGCGGUCAAGACCCAGCUAGGGAUGACAUUCAGAGUGGCGAUGAUACGGAAUAUACCGAGGGCGACGGCGACGAUGGAUAUAGCACUACGGGCGACGGUGAAAGUACUGGGACCGGUCGAGUGUUUGAACAGGGUAGCGAGUUUGGGGACGACACCUCGUCCUCACUGCGGCCAGAUACCACAGGCACUCAUAGCCAGGACCAGAGUCAGCCCGACAGUGUCUCGCCGUGGUCCGACUUCACGGUCAGUAAACAUGUGCCUCGUCCAGGCAAGAAGAUAGGAUCUGGGCCCCGAACCUUGAGCAAAGGCCAGGGAAAGACCAAGCCCAAAGGGAGACUUAGGCGUGAAAUGAGCGAGGACAUGACAGAGAGCAUGGGAUCUUCAAGCCAGAAUCCCACUCAAACCUCUGGCUUCGAUGGGCUUGACACCCAGGCCAUUGCUGCCAUUGCCGGAGCCAAUUUUGAGGAUAUGGAUACCAAGGCUAUCGCAAUGCUUGCGGGUGACGUCGAUCAGCUUGAAAUAGACGAUGGUAAACAGGAACCCAUCAGCAAAGAGCAGAGCGAGGAGCUUGUUCAGGCUGAGCAGGGCGCCAGUGCGGAUGAGAAUGAAUGGUCAGAAACAGACCAGCCCGGACCUGUCUCCAAGGGCGAUGGCAACAACAACACGUCUCAGAACGACAAUAGCACCACAACCCCGGUCGACGACAUUUUCACUGAGAUUUCACACAAAACUCGCUUCAUUCCCAUUCCACCGGAGGACUAUGAGCCCACUCCUGUUCGACCUUAUCGUGAUCCAGUUUUGGUAGCGCAGAACAAGUUGCCCUUCAUGACUCCCAUUGUUGAAAGAACAGAGAGUUCUCUGGCUCCUUCGACAGCUUACAGAGAUUCUGAUUACUUCAAUCACAAGACCCCGAGCCGAUCCCCAAAGGGAGAAUUCGACAGCCCUCUACCGUUGACAGCAGACAAUCUACUCAUGAGCAGCCCUCAAGAGCCUUCUCCCUCCACGUCUGUGAAGAGAAAACACAGUGAGAGAUAUGGUGAAGACGUAGAGAACAGAGCAGAGUCUCCUGAGCCAAAGAAACCAUUCCAUCGAGAGGAAAAACAGGAGAAAGAGUUGGACAAAGAGUCUGAAAUAGCACCUGCCCAUGCUUUGGAGACCGCAGAACCCGCAAAGACGGACGAACCUGUCUUCAAGACUCCUGCAGUUCCGUCCAAGUCUCCUGCACCUGCGCAGCGUGUUGUCCAGCCCGCAAAAAUCAGCAAAGGGCCCAUUGUUGCGGAUCUGCAGUGCAAUCCUUGUGACGAUGCGGUUCGCCAGCAAAUCCUGACCACAAUUCAUCCGCCAUUGUCUUCAUACUCUGGAUACCAUGAUCAUUCGGAGCAAACCUACAACCACUACCAAACUCUCAAGGUUUUCGGGGAAAAGAUGGUCAAGAGCAAGGCCAAAGCUAGUCCAAGAAAGAGUCAGGGCGAGAAGGGGGCCAGCAAAGCGGUGCCACCGAUGCUCAAGUUCAAGGGGACCACUCGGGUGUACGCUGUCAAACGACAGCUGGGAGAAGGUGCCUUUGCACCGGUCUAUCUCGUCGACAGCUAUGACCCGAGUGAGACGGCUGUUGACGACGGAAGCGAAGAUAAAGAGAAUGGGAGCAAGCUGGUAACAAAAGAGUCGAAACGCCAGGCACUGGAGGCCCUCAAGACCGAAGCACCGCCAGGUACACUCGUAUGGGAGUUUCAUAUCCUUCGCCUCGUGCGCCACCGUCUGGGCUCUGCAGCACGCACCAUGCAGUCCAUCGUCUGCGCACACGAAUGCCACCUGUACCGCGACGAAGCAUACAUCUUACUUUCCUACAGCCCGCAAGGAACGCUUCUUGACCUGGUCAACCUGGCGAGGAGCGAGAGCAUCAAAGCCGGCAAACCCGCCGAAGGCCUGGACGAACCAUUGGCUAUGUGGUUCGGCGUGGAGCUGUUGCGCAUACUGGAGGAUCUACAUCGUAUCGGCAUCCUGCAUGGCGAUCUCAAGGGUGACAACUGUCUGGUCCGCUUUGAGCCCAAUGUCGAGAUCACCGCUCCCUUCGAUCCUGAGGGCAACCACGGCUGGAGCGCCAAAGGAUUGAAAUUAAUCGAUUUUGGCCGCGGCAUCGAUGUGCGCAUGUUCAAGCCCAAUGCCCAGUUCAUCGCUGACUGGCCCUCAUGCCCACAAGACUGUGCCGAGAUCCGCGAGUGUCGCCCUUGGAAAUGGCAGAUCGAUUACCACGGCAUGGCAGGUAUCAUCCACAGUCUGUUGUUCGGCAAAUACAUUGAAACGGUGCCUGUUGCUGCUGCAGGUUUGGCUCUGGGUCCCGGCCAGAAGAGAGAGUGGAAGCUGAAGGAAAAUCUGAAGCGAUACUGGGAGAAAGAAAUCUGGCAAGAAGUGUUUACCGUCUUGCUGAAUCCUGGCUCUGUUGUCGACAAGGAGGAGAUGCCGAUCCAAAACAACCUGAAACGUGUCCGAGUCAAGAUGGAGAAGUGGCUGAUGCAAGAAGGAGAGCGAGGUGGACGUGAUCUGCGAGGAAGUCUCAGGAAGAUGGAGAGACUUGUGGUUGGCAAGUAA